AUGUCGCAACGAAGGAACGGCGGCGGCGAGCCGCAACCCAAGGACCAGAUGCCUCCUGCAAAGGGUGAAACACAAGACAAGCAAGUCCGUCUGCUCUCCCAAGAAGCCGGCCACUUCUCCCUCGUCCGCGCUCUGCAUCUUGCAGACUUCAUUACGGAGCUCAAUGGCUUCUGCGGCAUAAUGUCCAUUCUCUCCUCGCUCCGCUACUGCACGCAAGCCGACCCCACCAACCACACCAACCUGUACUGGGCGCUCGGCUUCAUCCCGCUCGGCCUCUUCUUCGACUUCAUGGACGGCAAAGUGGCACGCUGGCGCAAGAAGGCGUCGCUCAUGGGCCAGGAACUUGAUUCGCUCGCCGACCUCAUCUCGUUUGGUGUGUCGCCUGCCGCAGCGGCGUUUUGCCUGGGUCUCCGCACCCCCGUCGACCACGUCCUGCUCAGCUUUUUUGUCCUGUGCGGACUCACGCGUCUGGCGAGGUUCAAUGUCACGGUUGCCAUGGUGCCCAAGGAUGCGACUGGCAAGAGCAAGUACUUUGAGGGUACCCCGAUUCCCAUGUCCUUGGGUAUCGUCCAGAUCAUGACGUAUUGGGUGUACAAGGGGUGGACUAUGGAGCAGGUGCCGUUGGGACUUUGGCUCGAGGGCACGCCGCUUGAGUUUCAUCCUGUGGUCGCCAUGUUCAUUCUCCACGGGUGCUUGAUGGUCAGCAAGAGUGUGAAGAUUCCGAAGCCGUAG